AGCUGUUGUGGUGUGGCGUGAAUAGUUCCUCUCUCUCUUCUUUUUUUUGGUUUUACGAAGUUUUCUUUUCUUGUCGCCGCAUCAUUAGGGGAAAAAACAAGAAAAGGGGAUAUUUUGGCUUCUUCGUCUCAAGGACUUUAUUUUACGCCGCAGUUUUACAUUUGUAACUUUUUUUGAUUCAUUUAACUUAAUUUUUGUGGGUUUUUUCACCCCUUUUUCAAGACACCAGUUCAUCCCACCCCCCUCCCUUCUUCAUUUCCAGCGUUUUCCAUUGGGAAAGCGGGGUAGCUCUGGGCGUGCUGUCGACUGAGUAGAGUGAGUGACUAAAACCCAAGUUUUUUUCACCGCUGCCGCCGGAGGAAUGAUAGCUACGACCAGAGAGGCAGAGCCGAGAAGCGCGUGAUUGAAUUCUGAAAAAUGGAAUGCAAAAAUAUCGACACCGGUCUGGAGGAAGCGCCACUGCCAGUUGAAAAAUCUAUCCUGUCUGCUCCAGACGUCGGUCCUAAAGACGAGGAUGGAGAGGGGGUGAAGGCCCCCCCGAAAACAGACACCCCCACAAAAUGUGACCCCGCCUCGCUCGCCGAGACCCCCACAAAAUCUGACCCCGCCCCCCUCGCUGAGACCCCCACAAAAUCUGACCCCGCCCCCCGCGCUGAGACACCCACAAAGGGGGAGAGCAGUCUGAGGGCGGAGACCCCCACGAAACGGGACACGCCCUCCACCCCCGGGCCGAGCGGCAGCCCCCGCCCCAAAAAAGAUGGGCUUAAAUCGGAAGACCGACAGAAACAGGCGAAAGAGCGUCGGGAGGAAAGGGCCAAAUACCUGGAAGAGCAGACGCACCUGCAAGCGGCAAAGAAGUCGCAGUGGCUGGAGAAGGAGGAGAAGGCGCGGCAGCUCCGGGAGCGGCAGCUGGACGAGCGGCGGCGCCGGCUGGAGGACCAGCGGCUGAAGGCCGAGAAACGCAGAGCCGCCCUGGAGGAGCGCCAGCGACAGAAACUGGAGAAGAACAAGGAGAGGUACGAGGCGGCCAUCCAGCGCUCCAGUAAGAAGACAUGGGCCGAGAUCCGCCAGCAGCGGUGGUCCUGGGCCGGGGGGCUCAGCCAGAACUCCAGCCAGCGCGAAAUCGCGCUCUCUCCGGUUGCAGGCAGAUGCUCGGUCUCGGCGGUGAACCUGCCGAAACACGUGGACUCGGUUAUUAACAAGAGGCUCUCCAAGUCCUCUGCCACCCUCUGGAACUCCCCCAACAGAACCCGCAGCCUGCAGCUGAGCGCGUGGGAGAGCAGCAUCGUUGACCGGCUGAUGACCCCGACCCUGUCCUUCCUGGCCAGGAGCCGCAGCGCAGCCAGUGUGCUGAGCAAGGACGCCCAGUCUCCACUGUGCCCCCGCUCUGCGUCGGCCAGCCCACUGACGGUGUGUAACCACCACCGCCACCCCCACCACCGCUACUCCGAGCGCUGGAAGGUCUCGGCCAGCACCCCCGACAUCACCCAGCGCCAGAGGAGGCGGGACUCCACGCCGCUGGAGAAGAAAAAGAAAGAGAAGAAGGACAAGGAGAGGGAGAACGAGAAGGAGAGGAGCGCUCUGACGAAGGAGAGGGUGCUGAAAAAGAGACAGUCCCUCCCCAGCAUUAAACACAGAAGUGAGCCCAGCACCAGUCCUCUGUCCAAAAACCUGCCGGCCUCGCCCAGCACCCACAAGGGGCGGCCCUCUUCCCCCAGUCCCGCCGUGUCCCCCAAACCCCCCUCCGCCCGCGGGACCCCCUCCGUCCCCAAAACGCGCCCCAGGAGAGCCCAGACCCCCGCCAGGGUUGAGCCCAGGACGGCCUCCCCCGUCGCCUUGGAGACCACCAGAUCGUCACGCCGACCGGCCACUCCCGAUGAGGCCAAGGGCUCUGCCGCCGUCCCCUCCAUCGUGGUGUCCUCCGCCCCGGCCACGCCCCCUUCCCUCAGCGCACCAAUCACGGUGGCGGCCGCGGCGACGGCCUCGCCCUCCCCCUCCCCCUCGAGCUCGGAGCAGGGCGCGGGGGGCCCCAGUACCCCGUCGGGCAAGGCCACGGCGGGCACCACGAACCCCGAGGAGGCGGCCCGCACCCUGGCGGAGAAACGGCGGCAGGCCCGCGAGCAGCGGGAGCGCGAGGAGCAGGAGCGGCGCCUGCAGGAGGAGCGGGAGCGUGUUCUCCGCGAGGAGCGCGUGGCGCGGGAGGCGGAGGAGCGCAGGCUAAGGGAGGAGGAGGCGCGGCACAUGCAGGAGGAGCAGAAGCAGCGGGACGAGGCCCAGCGGCUGCAGGAGGAGAAGGAGGCGCAGGAGAGAGCUCUCGCCGAGCAAGAGGAGAAUCUGCGUCUGCAGAAACAGAGAGAAGAGGCUGAGGCCAAAGCUCGGGAGGAGGCCGAGAAACAGCGUCUGGAGAGAGAGAAGCACUUCCAGAAGGAGGAGCAGGAACGCCUGGAGAGGAAGAAGCGUCUGGAGGAGAUCAUGAAGAGGACGCGCAAGACGGACGCGGGAGAGAAGAAAGAUGCCAAACCUCCAUCUGCCGCCCAGCUUAACGGCAAAGAUGCCAAACUGGACACACAGAGCAGCAAAGCCUCUGCGGAGUACCAGCCUAGCUCUGGGGCGGCGCUGUCCAAUCAGGAGGCCGAGGAGGUCCAAUCACAGAGCAAUGUGACAGACAGCCCUGCUGUUCCUGUCCUGAAUGGGGUCCAGCCCAUCAAGCAUGAGAAUGGGCUGUCCAGCAAGGGGGAGGCCGGCGACUUCGAGGAGAUCAUCACGUUGUCCAAUCACAGUGACAGCAACGGUGGGGGGCGGGAGAAGCCUGAGAGUGACGCACCGGCCGAGCCAAUCCUGGCCUUUGAGGGCGGGGAACCCUUCCUGAAGAAAGCAGGCACCAUGAAGCCCCAGCACGUAGCAGAAGUGCUGUGAAAGAGGACCUGGUCCUGAAAGACGAGCCUUACGCCACCUGGGCAAUCGAUCGAGCGAGCGAGCGAGCAAGUUGGGGUGGCGGGGCGGGGCUUAGGAGAGAGGAAGGGGAGGGGCCUCAGCCCCAGCGUUCCGCAACCACACAGCUUACACACAGAACUCUGCCAAACGACAUCAUCCCGACCCCUCUGUCCGUCAUGCAUCAGUUGCCACGCCCACUUCUUUCCCCGAGCGGGGGGGGGGGGCGGGGAAGCAGCCAAUCAGACGUGUUUGUAUAUCUCCACCCCCUGGCGGCAUGGCGCACCAGUGCUACCUUUCACUGAAACGUGCCACGCCCGUUUUGCCAUGCACCUUAAGAGACUGACAGCAGCAUCAUGCAUCGUAGACCAUCAGACCGGAAAGUAAAUACACACAGUAUCUGUCCAUUACAAGUACAAUUAUUGUUAUUAUUAUUAUUCUUGAGUUCGACAACAAAAAAAAAAUGGAAAAAAAGAAAAAAUGAAAGUGUGCUGGUUAUUUUUGUCUUUAAUGAUUUAGUUAUUUAACUUGAAGAGAAAUGUAACUACUGGGUACAGUGUAUGUGAAUAAUGUAAAGGAACCUGUGGAAUAAAAGGUUUAAGAAAGGGA